AAGCAGUCAGGUCAGUCCCCCCCCGCUCGGUCGGCUGCAACGCACGUCUGCUGCUUAAGGAAUGGCUUUCCUAAUGGAAUGCUGCACUUUCUUGGUCAAUGUAUUAUGCAUCCCCCUCCAUCUGAUCCAAGCCAUGGGCCUGUACGAAGUAUACAAACGAUUCUUCCCAAUCUGUUUGUACCGCUGCUCCAUAAUGUACAACAAGAAAAUGUACGACAAGAAGAAGGACCUGUUCCGCAGUCUCUCCGAGUUCAAGAAGCCAGGCGGGCAGCUCACAAUUCUGGAGAUCGGCUGCGGCACCGGCACAAAUUUUCCAUUUUAUCCGCCCGGUUGCAAGGUGAUCUGCACCGACCCCAAUCGUCACUUUCAGAGAUAUCUGAAGACGUCGAUGGAAGAGAACGACCAGCUCUCCUAUGAGAGAUUUUUGGUGGCGUCGGGGGAGGACAUGGGGUCAAUUGAGAGCGAUUCGGUAGACGCGGUUGUCUGCACCCUGGUGCUCUGCAGUGUCAACGACAUACCGCAAACUCUGCGAGAGAUUCGCCGCAUGCUGAGACCAGGUGGAGCCUUCUUUUUCUUGGAGCAUGUCGUUGCAGACGCCUCAACGUGGGCCUACUUCUUCCAGCAUGUUCUUCAGCCGUUUUGGUACUACUUUGGGGAUGGAUGUGAGGUCACCCGGGAAACAUGGAAACAUCUGGAGGCAGCUGGAUUCUCUGAUCUCCGGCUGAGACACAUCGAGGCACCAUUGAUGUUCCUAAUCAAACCACACAUUGUAGGUUAUGCUGUGAAAUAAAUUCAGUCUCACGGCGUUGGGGUAAGAAUAAGCAAAGCACUUGAAGGCUCUCCUCUCCUUUGUGAUAUUAUUGAUCACCACCGGUGACAAAUAACCUCCCUCUAAAAUGAACUUUAUUUUUGUAUUGGAGAAAAAAAACGGUGUUUUGUAAAGACACAAUAUUAACUCAUUAACACAUUAACUUAAACAUUAGAGACCAUACGGUUUUAUUUUUCACAACUACUGUUUAAUUUUAGAAUUGUCAAAACCGAUAAUGAGAAUCAACAUGAUAAUUAAUGCCUUAUAAUAAUAUAUACCCUUCACAUGUCGAAUGAAUUCAUGUCAAGACAUGACUAAACAGAUGUUUUUGCUGUGUUAACUGUGUUGUGUCGUCAUGAUUGUGAUUAAAUACUUUACUCCCGCUG